AUGAAUCCGCUUGUCUUAGAGCGUACUGUGAUCAUAUGCCUUGUCGGUGCAUGUGUUUGUUUCGCGUACAACUCGAGUGCAAUCCAAAUGAAGGAGCCAGACAGACGUAGUCGAUCCACCAUCCCGCCUGACAACAUUGUCCCAGAGGAAGGUUUUCCAAACAUGGACAACAACACUGAAGCGAGGAUUAGGCCAAAGGUGCCUUUAUUCGAACGAUUAAGAAACGAUCAUAUAGACACGAAACUUCCCGUUCAAUUGGAGAAUCUGCUUAAAGAUGAACGUUUUAAAUUGCCAUGGUAUGGAGUCACGAAUACUUUCGAAAAAGGAACAAAUGAAGAUGAAACUGAGAUGUUUGACGCGAAGACCUUGCAUGAGAACAACGAUUGGAUGUCGUCAUUUGGUAAAUUAGACAUCCCGUGGAACAACCAUCUCACUAGAGAAAACUUCAUUUCGCGUUGCAUAACAGACGGCGUAUCUCCUCAGCUAUUGUUUGAUUUUAUGGAUGUUCAUCUCCCGCAUUUCCCGAAUGAUGCUCAAAGCAUUGAUCCAAAGGUCUUCGUGUGGUUUGAGUUUAUUAUUCAUUACAGACCCUCGCAAAGUAAUAAUAAUGCAGACAUCCCAGACAUCCCAGACAUCCCAGACACGGCCUCGAGUCAUACAGAAUUUAAUGAUGAAGAGCUUUUGAAAUUCUUGAUGAAUAAAUAUUCCUUGCAGAGGAUUUCAUUGGAAAUGACCCCGUUACUUGCGGAACCCCAGAAACCCCAUCCCUACGUGCCUCGACAAGUGGCGAUACUAUUUGACGUAAUUCGUCGAGACGACAAUGAAGCGUUACAAGAAUUAGCUGAAAACAUGCAGAAUCUUAUGCUUUCACAUUCGGAAACAAAAGAAUAUGUGCUUGAUGCGUGGCUGCUCAGUAAGGAAACGCCGGAGGUUGCAUGGGGCAUUUUUUUUCCUGAUCACAAGCCAGGUAUAAAUGAUUUUAAUCUCGUCACUCUUUGGCUGCGAUAUGUCGAUUUGUACUGCAAUGAAGUCCAUUCAUCUUCAGUAGAAUUUUUUUUUAGCCAUGACAACAUUUACGACUUCUUGACAAAGAAAUUGUCUAUACAGCAAAUGACGGCUGUGCUGUCCUCGAAGGAAUUCAAAGACCUGGUAUCAAAAUAUCACAUUUCGAGCACUGUAUGGACUUCCUGGAAUCGGAGCCUAUUGACUUUACACACGACACCUGAACAAUAUAUCACAUAUCUUCUAUCGCCACCAAAGUCUACUUUAGACGAUAUAAACUUGAUGCCGGCACUGCGGUUUAUCAAGCUUUACCGAAUGCAAACGACAUUUACUAGUCAGAUGAUUUUUGAUUUAUUUAAUGGGAAUGUUUCACGUGAUCGUUUGAUCUCGCUGUUUCGAGAGGCAGAGAUGCACUCAGGGUUGGAAGAUCUUGCACGUGAAAUGCUUGAAUAUAUUGAUUCUCGGUGGGCUCGUGGAUACAUGAAUUGA